AGCUGCUGAUCUCUGACAUUAGAUGGAGAAAUCCGUGUUUAAUAGAGAUGCUCACCAGAAUCGAACAUUUUCCUAUUCAUGUUUUUCUCAGAGAGAUGUCUGUUACAGCUGCGGUGCUUGUGGAUAUGAGCUGAAUCUGACAUCCUCCAACCGGAACACCUCAACCAUCGGUUCGAAAUACGGGAAAUCCAUAAAACGAGGUAUAAUAUCAUUCUUCAAUAUUGAUGAAAGCAGAUUUACGCAGGUUGAUGAGAUUCAAUGCGUGCCCCAUUUCUCAAAGCACUCUUGGGGUUUGUUUCGACGAAAAACAAAGCUCCUUUGCAGGAAGUGCGGUAACCAUAUUGGGAAUGCGUACAACGGUCACAGUUCGACCCUUGUUCUUGUGUCUGAUGGAACAGAGCCAUCCUUAAGCAACGAAGCAUCCCCUCAUAUGAAGUAUGACAUUCGCAUCCGUGCAUUGCAGCCUUCGUCUUCUGAGGAAUGUGGAGCCCCUGUUUUGGCUUGACGUUUCUGCCCAAGUUUGUUUCCUCUCUUCUAUACUGCUAAUGCAUAAUGCCCCCCGCGGUCAGAAGAUUCGUAGAGGAAGUAAAGUAGUGUACGUAACGUUAUGGUAAGGUUUUUGUGUUCCUCCUUCUCGAAGGAAAGUUAUUGAUUGUUGAUUAAUGUGUACAUGAGUUGUAAGAAGCAAACCGGAAGAUAUCACGUAUUUGGGAUUUUCAGAAAUUGGAUUAAAAUGUACAUCACUGGAAGAUAAAAUGUUGAUUUGUUUGCAAUAGGAGUUGUAUAGUUCAGU